AUGACGACGCUUACACACCGAGGACGGCGUGCUGAAGCAGGAAGGAACUCAGACAAGAAGCCUAACAGCGAAGAAGGUGCAGCUGCGGAUGGAGACCUGAAUGAUGACGAUCCUGAUGACUCCAAAGAUAUCCGCCUCACACUCAUGGAGGAGGUGCUGCUGCUGGGACUAAAGGACAAGGAGGGCUACACCUCCUUCUGGAAUGACUGCAUCUCCUCGGGCCUGCGGGGCGGCAUCCUCAUAGAGCUGGCUCUGCGCGGCCGGAUCCGCCUGGAACCACUCUCAAUCAGGAAGAAGAGGCUGCUGGAGAGAAAGGUGCUCUUGAGGUCAGAUGCGCCAACUGGUGACGUCUUGCUGGAUGAGACCCUCCGACACAUGAAGGCCACAGAGUCUGCAGAAACAGUGCAGACUUGGAUAGAGCUGCUCACUGGGGAGACCUGGAACCCCUUCAAGCUGCAGUACCAGCUGAGGAACGUGCGUGAGCGCGUUGCCAAGGCACUGGUGGAGAAGGGCAUCCUCACCACAGAGAAGCAGAACUUCCUGCUCUUCGACAUGACCACCCACCCCGUCAGCAAUGCCACCGAGAAGCAGCGCUUGGUGAAGAAGCUCCAGGAGAGCAUGCUUGAGCGGUGGGUCAAUGACCCGCACCGCAUGGACCGCCGGACUCUGGCUCUCCUGGUGCUGGCCCACUCCUCAGACGUGCUGGAGAAUGUUUUCACCAACCUUGCAGAUGACAAGUACGGUAUGGCAAUGAACAGGACCAAGGACCUCCUCGAUAUGGACCCCGAGGUGGAAGCUGCCAAAGCCAGGGGCACAGAGAUGAUCUGGGCUGUCCUGGCAGCCUUCAAUAAGUCCUAA